AUGGUUACAGCUCCAAGCACAUACUACCUCCCACCAACGGAGCAUACGCCCAACAACCCGCUGCCUGUCCUGCACUACCGAAACGUCCUCCCUAAGCUCCGAACCGAAGAGGAAGUAACCAAGUUUCUCACGGCUCAUAAAUGGGAAAAGAGGGGUACAUGGGGUACUAUCUGGACGAGUCACUUUCAUCCCAACUGCCAUGAAUGCUACGGUGUCUUCCAGGGGACUUCGACCCUGCUUCUUGGUGCAGCUGGUGGAGAUGGAAUCUCCAAUGCCGGGCUCCGAAUCACAGUCCACACCGGCGAUGUCAUUGUGUUGCCUGCUGGCACCGGACAUGGUUCGGUGGAGAGUACGGACGACUACAGAUACAUAGGGGUCUAUCCAGAGGGGUGUCCAAAAUGGAAGAAUGAGUUCGGCAAGAAGCGAAUUGAUGACAAGACUUUUCAAAGUGAGAUUGCAGGUGUCGCCUCACCUGAGGAAGACCCUGUUUACGGGAAAGACGGCCCAUUGAUGCAGUUGUGGUCCCAGCCUCUGCGAGCAAACCUCUGA